UCCUAACUGUCAAAUCUUGCAGUCACGCACGUCAAUAUAACUAUGAUAAAUUAUAACCUAAAAGUUAUCAAAAUUUAAUAAAAUUACACAUUUAAAGUAUUAAAACAAAAUAAAUCUUUUGGUCCUUGUAUAAUUUUCAGGAUGUUGAAAGGUAUGGUUAGUUUAGUGACCGGCGGUGCAUCUGGACUUGGUAAAGCUACUGUAGAGAGACUGAUAAAGAACGGUGGAAAGGUGGUAGUACUGGACAUACAAGUUACAAGGGCACACGAAGUUGCAAAGCGUCUCGGCAGUAAUGUUUUGGUCUCACCAGGGUGUGUUACAUCAGAGGAUGAUGUGAAAAAAGCCAUAGAUCUAGCCAAAACACAGUUCGGAUGUCUCAACACAGUAGUGAACUGCGCGGGCCACUCAGAAACACAUCAAAUAUACAACUUUAACAAAGAUCAGUCGUGUGACAUUGAUGGUUUCAUGAAAUGUGUGAAUGUAAAUACAGUUGGCACAUUCAAUGUAAUACGUCUGGCAGCAGGAGUGAUAGGCAAGAAUGCACCAGAUGAGAACGGACAAAGAGGGGUCAUAGUCAACACAGCGUCAACCAUAGCUUUCGAAGGAGAUAUCGGACAGUUUGCCUACGCGGCCUCCAGUGCAGCAGUCGUUGGCAUGACGUUACCGAUUGCAAGAGAAUUCGCAUCACAAGGAAUAAGGGUUAUGACUAUAGCACCAGGUACAUUCGACACUCCGCUAUUAUCAUACUUACCAGAGAAGAUGUUACAUUUUCUAUGCAGAAUGACUCCAUUCCCGUCUCGACUGGGCAGGCCAGAGGAGUUCGCACAACUGGUCACCAGUAUACUAGAGAAUCCAAUGUUGAACGGAACAGUGAUACGAUUAGAUGGCGCUCAGAAAUGGUUCCCGCUUUAAUUAGCUUUAAGACUGAUUAUAUAUUUGUUAAGUAGUUA